UCCUUAAAUAGACAUUUCCCUCAUACAAUGUAAUGUAUAAACAUCUGACAGUGUUGUUACACGUGUCUCAAAAUGACAUCGAGCUCUUUCGAAAAGCCCACCCCACGUCCGUGUUUAGAUUGCCCUCCCCCGGAUCUGAAACUGUUAUUUGCAGCGUUUUCUGUCAUUUACACAAGUGGGCUUGUCCUACCGUUUUGACAGUUGUCUGUUUAGCGUGAGUGACAUCACUGGUUCCGUCCCAACACGGAAAUGAAAGAUGGUUGUUGUGAUCCCGUGGAUUGGUGUGCCGCCUCCUGCGUGGGUAACCGUACCUGCUGUACAUGCCAACUUAAAAGUUGUAAUGUCGAGUUGAAGAAGGAAUUAUGCACAGUAAUUUGAAAUGGAUUCCGUACCCAGACGUGUAGUAACAGUUAGAUUUCGGUUUUAAUGUUGAAUAUACGAUUGCUGAUUAGCUACUUUAUUAGCUAUAGCCUAUUUAACAUAACGUUAUAUUACAUAAAGGACAAACUUUUGGAAAAUGAAGGACUGGAGACGAUUCCUACUGUUACUCCUGUUCACAUUUCUCGGGGGAAGCGUUCUUCAGUGUCAGGCGGGCAGCUCGGUGACCCUGCCUGAGUCUCUGCUCUUUGUGUCCACUCUGGACGGCAGCCUGCACGCGGUCAGCAAGCAGUCUGGGGACAUUAAGUGGACGCUGAAGGAAGACCCCAUCAUUCAAGUGCCUGUCUACCUGACUGAACCAGGGUUCCUCCCAGACCCCAAUGAUGGCAGUCUCUAUGUGCUGGGGGGCAAGAACAAGGAGGGUCUGAUGAAACUGCCCUUCACUAUUCCAGAGCUGGUACAGUCCUCUCCCUGCAGGAGUUCAGAUGGAGUUCUCUACACCGGGAAGAAGCAGGACACAUGGUUUGUGGUGGACCCUCAGACGGGAGAGAAACAGAGCAGUCUGACCACCGGCUCUUCAGAGUCCAUCUGCCCCUCUGCACCUCUGCUCUACAUUGGGCGCACAGAGUACAUGAUCACCAUGUACGACACCAAGACGCGGGAGCUGCGCUGGAACGCCACCUACAACGACUACUCUGCCCCUCUGUACGACGACAAAUACGACUACAAGAUGGCGCACUUCACGUCCAGCGGGGACGGGCUGGUGGUGACUGUGGACAGGGAGACGGGGGACGUGCUGUGGAUGCAGAACUACGGCUCGCCAGUAGUGGGCGUGUACCUGUGGACGCAGGACAGCCUGCGGCGAGCUCCCCACAUCAACCUGGCCAUGGAGACCCUGCGCUACCUCACCUUCUCCUCCCACAACGUUCACACCAUGAAGUGGAGCUACCAGUUCGUCAAGGAGCAGGCCAGCGCCAAGACACAGCUUGUGCCUACGCUGUAUGUGGGGAAGAUGGACUCCCAUUUCUAUGCCUCCACGUCACUGGUCCACGAAGGCGUGUCUAUCGUGCCACGCGGGCUGACGCUGGCCAGGAUUGAGGGGCCAACGACAGAGGAGGUGACGGUGAGGGACACGGCCGAGUGCGAGAUCACUCCCAGCACAGACGUCAAGUACCCCCCAGGCACCACGCAGAGCCUGCACAACCAUUGGCUGCUGAUUGGUCACCAUGAGAUACCCCCUGUGGCGCACACCACUAUGCUGCGGGAAUUCCCUGAGAGCCUUCAACGUUCCGGGGAUGCUGUGAUCCCGCCCCGGGCCUCACCACGCCCACCAUACCACCCUUUCGUGGCAGGGAGUAAGACCCGGGAGCCCCUGCCUGUCAAACAGGAUGCCCCGCCUGUGGCCACGCCCCCUCUGAUGGCCAUCCUGCCUGAGAGCCUGACCCAGGACCCUCUCACCCUGGUCGUGCUCACCCUGCUGCUGGGCGGCUGGCUGGCCUUUGUGUUCACGUACCCUCGGUGUUGUCAUCACGCAUGGCCCAUCAGGAGAAGGUGCAGAGGCAGCAGCUGGAGGAAGCUCUGGAGUCCAGGCUGCAGAGGCUGCAGACUCAGCAGAGCAUGCCCCCCCCCCUCUGACUCUGGGCCCCCCCGAAGCAGCAGUGACUCUGCCAGAGAUGGCAUCUCCAAUGGCUCCCCACCUCAGGGGCCCCCACAAACUGCAGAGCCCCUACACACUACAGAUGGACAGCCACAGGAAGUGGAAGUGGGGAAGAUCUCUUUCGAUCCUGCUGAGGUGCUCGGACAUGGGGCAGAAGGCACUUUCGUCUUUAGGGGCUGUUUUGACGGCCGCCGGGUGGCUGUGAAGCGGAUCCUGCCGGAGUGCUUCGACUUUGCCGAGCGGGAGGUGCAGCUUCUGCGCGAGUCCGACGAGCACCCCAACGUCAUCCGCUACUUCUGCACCGAGCGCGACCGCCAGUUCAUCUACAUUGCCAUUGAGCUGUGCGCUGCCACGCUUCAGCAGUUUGUUGAGGACCCAGAGUGCCCACACUCCAGCCUGGACCCCGUGACCCUCUUACAGCAGACCAUGUGCGGCCUGAGUCACCUGCAUUCUCUAAAUAUUGUGCACCGGGACCUGAAGCCUCGGAACAUCCUGCUGUCCAUGCCGGGGCCACGGGGCCGGGUGCGGGCGCUGAUCUCUGAUUUCGGCCUGUGUAAGAAGCUCCCGGCGGGGCGGCACAGCUUCAGCCUGCGCUCAGGGAUCCCCGGCACGGAGGGCUGGAUCGCCCCGGAGGUGCUCCUGGACCCGCCCAAGGACAACCCGACCAGUGCGGUGGACAUCUUUUCUGCAGGAUGUGUUUUCUACUAUGUGGUCUCUAGGGGGCAGCAUCCGUUUGGAGAUACCAUUCGGCGGCAGGCCAAUAUCCUGUCGGGAGCUUACAACCUUGAGCACUUCAUGGAUGACCUGCACGAUGACGUGAUUGCGAGGGACCUGAUUGAGAGUAUGAUCAGUGAGGACCCGCAGUCUCGCCCAUCGACAGCCUGCGUUCUUAAGCACCCCUUCUUCUGGAGCCCCGAGAAGCAGCUGCAGUUCUUUCAGGAUGUGAGUGACCGGAUAGAGAAGGAGCCACCAGACAGCCCCAUUGUGGUGAGUCUGGAGACAGCGGGCAGAGCGGUGGUCAGGACCAACUGGAGGAUGCACAUCUCUGUCCCUCUGCAGACAGACCUUCGGAAGUUCCGCACCUACAAAGGCAACUCAGUCCGGGACCUGCUGAGGGCCAUGAGGAAUAAGAAGCACCAUUACCACGAGCUGCCUGCAGAAGUGCAGGAGACACUUGGGGAGGUCCCAGAAGGUUUUGUGCAAUACUUCACCUCACGCUUCCCUCGCCUGCUGCUACACACACACAGUGCCAUGAGCUCCUGUGCCCACGAGCGACUCUUCCACCCCUACUACCCUCCUCCAGACCCUGAGCCCCACUAAGGAGCAGCACGGGCAGCCCCUGGGGGGACGGACACUGCAGAUCCCCCUAAAACCAAGACUACCCCAUCACACUCCAUGAUGAGGGAACGGCGCCGCCCGUCUGCUCUAACCCAACUCUCCCUCUGUGAAAACCCAAACCUUUGGACGUCAGUGGAUGGACUGACUCGCACUGUGAACAUGGUUACACACACUGGAGAUAGCCCAGUCAAAGGGGCACAUGAAGAGUUGCACUAAGCUGUUACUGUCCUUUGAAGACGCCAGAGCCAAAAGUGUCUCCUGGAGAAUGCAUCCGUUUUGUAAAUUAUUUUUGAAAAGUAUUGUAUUUUUUAAGUAUUUUUAUCAAUGGAACGAUGGAAUCACUGUUUUUAAAACUUUCAUUUAUCUAACAGAAUAUUCAGCCAGAUGAGGAUAGGAAUGAUUUUUACACUGGCUAGGGUGAGCAAUGAAGCCUGUAAUGAUCCUUAAGCCUGAGAACGUCCAAUAGAGGCGUGUGUGUAUAUGGCUGAAUACGUUACAAGAAAAAAAUCUUUCCCACUUUCCUAAUGUGUCAGACAACUAUUUCUUACACCUAAGCAACCACCACGUAAAGAACUGAAAUGCUGUCAUUUUAAGUUCGGGCACCCCUCUAUGCAUUUCAGCCAGCCAACUGGUUUACCUCAAAAUUGGAGGUAAUGUAAUAUGCUGGUUAGCUUAUCCAAGUCUGUGAGCAUGUGCUUUUUAAGUAAUGUGGUCCUAUUAAUGUACUUGUUUCACGGGUUAUAAACACAAGUUGAGAUACCAGUUGGCUACUGCCACCAUUCGUCUAGAAAAUAUGGCAGCACACUUCCUGGAUGAAAAGUGAUUUGAUUGGAUGCAUACAAGUCAUGAAUCUUUUAUUUUUCACUAAGUGGAGAAACAACACUAUUGUGUUGUCUUGGUAAUUGGAUCAUUUAAUGAUUUUUAACUAUCCAUUUACUUAUAUGAUGCAAGACUUGAAUUCACAUCCAUUAUACUUACUGGCCUGCAUAUCUUAUCCAUUGACAGAAGUAGGAAAAAACAUAAGAUUUUUCUUUAUUUGGUGCUUUUCAUGAUUAUAGGGAUUAUAUACCAUUUUAGGCCACUUUGUCAGAAAUAGCUGUGUAUGCCAUGAAGAAUGAAAGCCCAGUGUCCACAUUGUUGCAUAUUGCGCUACACUGCAAUUACAUAAAGAGGUGACAGCUUUUUAACUGAGCAAAUAUGAGUCCAGUCUCCUGAUUUUUUUCCCCCUUAACCUUAAUACAAUGCAGAUUUGGCUUAUUUGCUUUGUCUUUGAACUCUUGAUCUACAAAUGGUUAGAAUUAGUCAUAUGUCCACUUUCACCAAUUAGGAGCCUAUUGAUUCCUCGGUCUUUUAUUUGAUCAGUUCAAAUAUUUUUACCUCUUAAUGUAAUUGAUUGCAAUAUAGAACAAUGUGAAUAUGGGACUUUUAUUCUUCAUGGCAUGCAUAGCCAUUUCUGAAAAUGACCUAAGAGGGUAAAUCAUCCCACUAAACAUGAGGUGUAAUCAAGAAAAACCUAAACCAAACUUGCAAUUGCAGCUGGAAUGAAAACCAGCAGUGGUACCCCCUGGACCAAGUUUGAGAACCACAGGUUUAAAAAUGGAAAUUUUCUUCAUAAAUCCCAGCUGACCUUUAACUUUGGAAAUAUUGUUAAUCAACGGUCCAGGAUGCAGAAAGGGGUACAUUUGCUACCCGGCUGAACGGAAAGGAUUUUCUUUUGUAAAAGAAGAUUGAAUGGCACUGGGGACACUUUUAUACUUAUUUUUGGAAUAAAUGUUUCAAACCU